AUGAAUAAAACAAAAAACAAAUAUCAUCCACCAUCUAGAAUAAUGGGCUCACUCGCCAUCAUUUUAUUAAAUUCUUUGCUACUUUUUCAUCUGGUUUACUCUUCACAUGCCAUUUCUCAACCUCUGGACCAUGGUAAACAAAAUAGAGAAAUCGUGGUGAUAUCAAAAGACUCCACCAAACAUUUCAAAGACUCGAUGUCCCCCGUGGGUUACGACGGGAGUAUUUCGGCCACCCAACCUUUCCCUGAAUGGUUAGCGGAUUUCACUUAUUUAAAAGAAUGGCCAGGAAUAGACCCACCGUACGUGCCUCUUAGUUUCAUUGACAUGAACCAAAUUCCUAACAGUGUUCCUAUUCAUGAAAUGGGGGCCUGUCCUGGUGAUAGAACAGGAUGCUCGUUUGAUUGCCACAAAUGUGUGGCCCAAGAUGAUAUCUACACUUGUCCCAAAUUAUCACAAAGUUUCGAUGAUGGUCCAUCUCCGGUGACCACAAGAUUAUUGGACAAUUUACAACACCCCACCACCUUUUUCACCCUUGGGAUUAACGUGGUCAAGUACCCAGAGAUUUAUAAACAAAUCCAGGCUAAAGGGCACCUUAUCGGUAGCCAUACUUGGGGCCACAAGUUUCUUCCAUCAUUGACCAAUGAACAAAUCAUUGCCGAGAUUGAAUGGUCAAUAUGGGCGAUGAAUGCCACCGGAAAUCAUAUUCCAAAAUGGUUCCGGCCACCUUAUGGCGGCAUCGAUAACCGAGUCCGCCAUAUCUUACGACUCUUUGGAUUGCAAGCGGUGUUAUGGGAUUAUGAUACUUAUGAUUGGCAGUUAUUGAAUAAUCAAAGAACUGAGCAACAAAUAUUCGAUGAGGCAAGAAGUUGGUUAGCAUCGUCUGGAGGACAGAAACGAGGAAUGAUAUUGGAGCACGAUGCCCAUGAUCGGACCAUCGACGUUGCACUUGAAUUAUCCAACAACAUUAUUGGCCAUGAUCAAUUGACCGCAGCGCAAUGUGUCAAUGGGGUUGAGUACAUCAAGACGUUUGGGGUCGAUAACGAAGAGUAUGCGGCUGCUGCUGCUGUCAAUGUGAACGAAAAUUUCAUUUAUGUUAGUUGA